AUGACAACAAAAUCACUAGUAAAUGAUGUUGAAACUUCUCUUUUUCCACCAUCUUUAUUCAAUAUUCAAUAUCCAAAUUGUCGUACAGGCAUGUUUAGUCUUCGUAAACCAUUUCAAAAUGUAAAAACAGAAUUUGUUCCAAUUGAAAAAAGACCAUUAUCAAAUAGAAAUUUAACAACACCAAGUCUACAACCAACUAAUUACACUGCUAAUCAAGUACCAUUAAUACAUGAAAAACCUAUUGAACCUGUAUUUAUACCACCUCGAAAAUUAUCAAAACGAAAUGCUGAAGUUCAAUGUUCACUUUUAAAGCCAACUGUUCAUCAUGAUAUGGCUGUACAAACAAAAACUCAUGGACAACGAAAUGUAGUAAAUGAUUUCAAUGAUAAUAAUGGUAUAAGUCCUCGACAUCGUCGUCAAACAAAAUUACAACCAAUUGAACAACCACAAGAAAUUUAUGAAAUUCAGGAUAUUGAAUCAUCACCCUUACGAAUAAUACCAAUAAAUCAAACAAAAAAAUUUAAAGAACAAAAUAUAAGAUAUGUUAAAACUAGAAAACCAAUCAUAGAUUAUGAUGAUGAUGAUGAUGAUGACGACGAAUCCGAUGAUGAUAGUGAAGAACGAAUUAUAUAUGCAAGUCAACCACAACAAACAGUUAAAAAAACAUAUUUACCACCAAAUGUACGCAUGAUUUGUGUGAGAGACGAUACAAAAAAAGGUUUUUAA